GAGGAAAAAAAAGAAACUCUGUUUCGAAAAGUUUCAAAUUACCUUUUAGAAACCCUUUCAAAAAGAAACGCAGGUUUCGAUUACCGGAAACAAGAAUCGAAAGUUUUCACUCGGCGUACAGAACUUUGGGUUAAAGGUAUGCCAUCAGAAACAGAUAAGUGGGGUUGGGAACAUGUUAGUGUCUUUGGUGGAUUUGACAGAGGAAGUGGUACAAAAAGAUGGAAAUGUAACCAUUGUAAUAUACGAUAUAAUGGAUCAUAUUCACGUGUUAGGGCUCACCUUCUUGGAUUCUCAGGUGUUGGGGUCAAAAGCUGCCCAGCAAUAGACCGAUCUCUGAGAGAAGCAUUUCAGAUCCUGGAGGAGGAACGUCUUGCAAGGAAAAAGAAAAAGAAUUCUAUGAAUGGGAAGCCUGGUAAGCGAAUUCGGACUUCACAGCCAAGUCUUACCUGGAAAACUAUCACCAAGGAUGAUGUAGACGAUGCGGUGGCUAGAUUUUUUUAUGCAGAUGGAUUAAAUAUUGAUAUUGUUAACUCUCCUUACUUUCAUGAAAUGGUGAAAGCAAUUGGUGCUUUUGGGUCUGGAUAUGAACCCCCAUUGAUAGGUAAGCUGUCUGAUUCUUUUUUAAGUAAAGAGAAAGGGAGGAUUGAAAAGUCAAUGGCUUUAGUUAGAGAGUCUUGGCCGCAUACCGGGUGCACGAUACUGUGUGUAGGUCGAUUAGAUGUUACAUUAGGUAGCUUCCACAUUAAUAUAUUUGUCUCAAGUCCAAGGGGCCUUAUAUUCUUGAAAGCUGUUGAUGUAGAUGAUAGUAAUGAAGUAGACCAUGUUUUUACUGGUGCACUUAAUGAUGCAAUUAUAGAAAUUGGACAAUCAAAUGUGCUUCAGGUUAUUUCUCAUAUUGGUAAUGCCUGUAAAUCAUCUGAAUCCUAUGUAUCGUCGAAGUUCCCUCAUAUAUUUUGGUCUCCUUGCACUUCACAUUCUAUUCUCAUGUUGAUGGAAGAAAUAGCUGAAGUGGAAUGGAUAAAACCUGUUGUCUUGUGUGCUAAGGCAAUUGAACAAUGCAUGAUGACAUAUCAUCAUUAUUCUCCAUGUCUUUUCAUUCAAAAUCUGAAAGAUAGCUCUGAUCCAAUUUCUGCCAGAUCUGCACCAUCUUAUUGUUGUGUUCAAAGGAUUUUCGAGCUAAGGGAAGCUCUUCAAGAGGUGGUUGUUAGUGAAGAGUGGAAGCAGUGGAAACACACUAUUGCUGAGGAUGUUGAAAAUGUUGAAUCUGCCAUUUUAGGUGUCGAUUUCUGGAGCAAGACCCAUUUGAUGUUGCAGGUAUAUGAGCCAUUUGUAACAUUACUAGCUACACUUGAAAUUGAUAAAUCAGUUAUUGGUGCUGUUUAUGAUUGGCGGUUUCAGGCACUUGAAACCUUGAGGAGAAAGGCAAUAGAUGAUGGCAUAUUGAAUCAGUUGGAAGGACUGAUUGAGAAUAAAUGGGAUGCGCUAUUUUCCCCUGUUCAUGCUGCAGGUUAUAUACUGAACCCUAGAUAUAUUGGAAACUUUCAAACCAAGGAGAAAUCUGUAAUGCGGGGCUGGAAAGCUACUCUAGAAAGAUAUGAAAGUGAAAGUGCAGCCAGGCGAGUUCUCAGAGAGCAGCUUAGCUCAUAUUGGCAUCUAGAGGGAUCCUUAGGUGAAGAAGAUGCUGUUGAUUGUCGAGAUAAAAUGGACCCAGUUGCAUGGUGGGAGAACUUUGGUUUUGAGACCCCUAGCCUACAGAUGCUAGCCAUAAAGGUUCUGAGUCAAGUUUCAAGCACUUCAAUGUGUCAAGAAAUUUGGCAAAAUAAUGACCUUUCGCAUCGAGAAGCAGCAAACAGGUUGGGAGUGCAGAGACUGGCAGACCUUCUUUUUGUUCGAAACAAUCUUAGACUUCAAAGCCAAAGAAGUGGAAAUCUGAGUUCCUCUCCUGGCCAAAGAAAUCCAAUUUCAAGUUCCUCUGGAGUUAAAACAUGGGAUGGAUCCCAUCCCGAUCAAAUGAAGGCAAUUGUAAAUAUCCAUGACAACUUGUGACAUAGCAUGCACUGCCUUUAAACUAUUGUGAAACGUUUUUGCAUCAGAAAUUUACUUAGUGGGAAAGGCCUAUGGACUUUGAACUCAAGCAUCAGCUAUUGGAACUAAUCGCUUUAGUGUGUACCUGAAACUCAAAAGAAUUGCCACAUUUGGGCCUGAUAUCAUGCAGUGAGUUGCCAGUGAACCACGUUCUGUUGCAUUUGCCUUUUGCUUUUGCCAUGUGCCAAUCCAGUUGGUCUUUUCUGGUGUCUUUAAGAUUAGUAAGUUGUCUUGCUUAAAAUUUAUGUACUAUAUCAUGAGUAAAGAAUUCUCUAUCUGUAGUUUAAAUAUUCUGUAAAUUGUAGUUCAAAUGAUAAUUGUACAUCAACAUUAGUGACCUCAAGAUUACAAGUUCAUCUUUCAAGAAUUUAUAAUUGCAGUUGCCACUCA